CUUGUCUUGCAACAUUGUUGCAUUGCAAGUCGAAACCCUUUGUUGCGCUUAUUACCACGUUUGUGACCAACUUGUCUCGCAACAAAAUCAGACUAAAUAUAGUGUUGCAAAUUCGUGGAAUCCUGUGCGUAUGAUUGGUCAGUCGUAUAUAAACAAAGAUGGCGGCUGCUGAACUCUUCCUUUGUCAGAAGAGAGGGCUUGCAACUCUCUGUUUGGGCCUUUUGCUUGAUAAAGACGAGGAAAGGCCUCGAAAAUGAAAUUGGAAAAUUUACAUGCGACAAUGGAUUUCCCAGAGAGAGAAUUCAGGCGUUUUUCACCAGCUAAUUAGAGAGCUUGAAGUGGGGGAUGUUGUGGCAUACAAAGAGCUUUUCGGUAUGACAAAGGAGCAAUUUUCCUUUCUGUUGGGAAAAGUAUCCCCACUGAUCCAAAAGAAAGAGCAGCCAUCACCCAUCAAUUCUGUCCAGGCGACAAAACAGCCAGUUGAAUGCCUAGCUGUAACGUUAUGGUAUUUGGCAAUGGGAGAAACUUAUCAUUCCCUCGAGUACUCGUUCAGAAUUUCACGCCAAACAAUUUCUUCAAUCAUGUCAGAAACAAGCCGUGCCCUGUACAAGGUACUUGCUCCAGAAUAUCUAAAAGUACCAAACUCAGAAAGUGAGUGGGACGCAGUGGCAGACAAAUUCGAGGCAAGAUGGAUUUUUCCAAAUGGUAUCGUCGCUAUAGACGGAAAACGUGCUAUUGAGUCUACUUUGCGCAACACGUUGCCUCAACUUGCAGCACUAUAUUUUGUUGCGAGACAAGUUGGUCACGAAUGUGGUAAUAUGUGCAACAAAGGGUUUCAACUUGCAUUGCAACAAUGUUGCAAGACAAGUUGAAGAAAAAUGUUGCCCGUAUUACCGGACCUUUACUCAUAAAUCUUUUUCUUUUUUUGU